AGAAGUUUCAAUAGAGAAGGAGAGGAGAGAGAGAAAGAGACAGGUAGAACUUCAAAUAGAGAGGGGGAACAGUUUCUGUUGAACUGAAAUGGAAUUUCACUGUUGUGUCGACAAUUGUCCGUCAACCCUUCAACAAGAAGAUAUUUAUGAGAGAAGGAAACAAAAUCUCUCCUCAUUUAAGUCGGUUGACUAUGUUUCUGAAGAAAUCUCAUACGAAGACUUCUUCCUCCGUUAUUUAAUCCCUAACAAGCCGUGUGUAUUCAGUUGUAAACACACCCGACAUUGGCGAAGUCGUGCAGAAUGGGUAGACGAGCAAGGGAAACCGAAAUUUGAGUUUUUAAAGACUAACUUCGGAAAUGCAAAAGUUCCAGUAGCAAUUUGUAACGAAAAGGAAUUUGAUUCCCAUCCAAAAGUAGAACAGACAUUUUCUGAUUAUUUGGAAUAUUGGCAAGAUUACAUUUCAAAUAGCUAUCCUUCCGAUAACCAGUGUCUUUAUCUCAAAGACUGGCAUUUUGUAAGAGCUUUCCCAGAAUACAAUGCUUACAAAACACCCUUGUAUUUUUGUUCUGAUUGGCUCAAUGAGUUUUGGGAUACAGGUGAGAGCUCUAAAGAUGACUACCGUUUUGUCUACAUGGGACCGAAAGGAUCUUGGACUCCCUUCCAUGCUGAUGUUUUGCAUUCCUACAGCUGGUCAGCAAAUAUCUGCGGAAAGAAACAGUGGCUAUUAUUUCCACCCGGUGAAGAAGUGCACCUGCGAGAUAAAUUUGGUAAUUUGGCAUUUGAUGUCACAUCUGAAGACGUUCACAACCCAGAGAUGUACCCAAACUAUCAGAAACUCUCGCAGCAAUACAAAGUGGUUCAACAUCCUGGAGAAAUCAUAUUCGUUCCCAGUGGUUGGCAUCAUCAAGUAUGGAAUGUGGAAGACACAAUUUCCAUUAACCACAACUGGCUGAAUGGCUGCUCUAUAGAUCUUACCUGGAACUUUCUCAAGAGAAAUUUAAAGGAUGUCGAAAAUGAAAUCUCCGAUUGUCGGGGUAUGGAAGGAUGGAACCAGCAAUGUCAGGUGGUGCUGAAAUCUCUCACAGGUUCCGACUACACAGACUUCUUUGAACUUUGCAACAACAUUGGCACCAAACAUCUUCAGUUUCUGAGUCAAUCGGACAUAUGUAGCACAAAUGAGGAGUGUGACCGUGGAGUUGGACAUUGUAAAAUCAAGGGGUCACAAAAGGAAGAACAGAAAGAGAUGACAGGGAACACUUCAGCUGAAGUAUCACAGCAUCCAAAUGCAGAUUUAGAGUUUCAGGAACAUUUUGUCCCUUUGAACAACAAAUGCCAUUCUGUCUUUGAUCUAAACAGACUGAGGAUUGUAUUAGAGAGUUUGGUUGAUACAGAGCAACUGGAAUGCCAAAAGGAAGUUCAAAAUCUGCUGCAUCAGCUCAACUCAGUUUUUUAAUUCUGAUCAUGAAGCCCGCUGUUUGCUUUUGACUUCAUUUAACCCCAGAUCAACACUGAUUGAACAGAGUUUGGAUCAAAGUCCUUCCAGCUAUGACCAUCCAUUCAGCAAUUUUUUUUAAACAGGUGUGAUUUGGGGAUUAUUUGGCUGCUAUGAUGGGCAGGGUUGAGGAUAGUGGGUUUGCAGAAUCAUUAGAGCAUUGAACAAAAUGCUUAGUGGCAUGUUUUCUGGCUCUUUACAUUCUGAGUUCAAGUCCCAUAGAGGUCAACUUUGUCCUUCAUCCUUCUGAGAAUCGAUAAAGUACCCAUCAAGUGCAGAGGUUGAUGGCAUCAUCUAGCACCUCUUAAAAUUGCUGGCCUUGUGCUUAAUUCAGAAACCAUUGUGAGCAAGUUCAGUGACUGGCCACAUAGAAGCUUCAUUGUUAGUGUUCACAAGUGUGGUGGCCAUGCUCAUAGGCUGAGGGGUUCGAAUUUGCAGCAAGUAUUUCGCAGGAUUUCUUCAUUGAUCAUGUUAUUCUGCAAUAUUCUACUUCACCUAGCUGUUGGGUCACAUGGGAAUAUUGUCUGCUGUUGACUAGCAACCCUGCCAGGAGAGGAGGUUUUCGCAUUUUCGUUGCACCAUGAAAGCAGUGAUAAGCACUGGCCCUCAAACACUCGUAAAAAAUUAGUGUUGCAGACCUGGUUAAAAGAUAUUUAACGAGGUGGACAGAUCUUGUUUCAAGGCCCUAGUUCCAAGGAAAUUGAAUACAAUAAUGCUUCAAAGAGAACAAGCAGUAUCGUCGAUCCUUUUUUUUUUUUUUUUUUACAGAUUACAAGGAUAGUAGAGAAAAACAGAAGCUAUCUUCUUACUAGACUAUUUUUAACAGAAAGGACUAGGUGUUUAAAAAAGCUAGGUGACAGAUUGCCUAACACCCUACAACAGGUACUGUCCCUCUGCCUACCAAAUUCCACUCAAAGUUUUGGUUAACCCAAGGUUGAGGUAGAAGACACUGGUCCUUGAUUCCGUGUUGUGGGAAUAACAUUGAAACAAUGUAUUUGCAAAUGGUUUUCAGUAUAGUGUUGUGAAGUCAAGCACCAAACUGAACAUGGCAACACCUACUCUCUUACUUUAAAUCACAAUGUACCAGUGAUACAUUGAGGGAGAAUGUCAUUUAUAUACUCUCCGAAACAAGCAAAAUGCAGUGUUCCUGCUGCUUAGUUAUAAGAUGCAUUAUUUGUGGCACCAUUUUUGUAGUUAGAUGUACAAGGCCAGCCAGAUUUGUUGCUUUGUCUCUCAGUUAAGCCUUAAUUCAAUAGACCUAUAAGGAAAGUUCUAGCUAGGUACAUCCCGUCUCCUUAAAUCAAGAACUACAUUGUAAAAUGACACAUUUAUCUGCAGUAUCAAACAAGUUGUAAACAGCUGUGUA